AUGAAAUUCACAAACCACAGCCAACAGAACCCAACCUCUUUCCUGCUCACGGGGAUUCCUGGCCUGGAGACAUCCCAUUUUUGGAUAGCUUUUCCUUUCUGCUCCAUGUAUGCCCUGGCAGUGCUUGGCAACAUGGCAGUACUGCUGGUGGUACACUUAGAGCCUGCCCUGCAUCAGCCCAUGUACAUGUUCCUGUGCAUGCUGUCCACCAUUGACCUGGUGCUCUGCACCUCCACUGUGCCCAAGCUCCUUGCAGUCUUUUGGGCAAAUGCUGCUGAGAUUGCAUUUGGAGCCUGUGCUGCCCAGAUGUUCUUUAUCCAUGGCUUCUCAGCUGUAGAAUCUGGUGUCCUGCUAACAAUGGCCUUUGACCGCUACUUGGCCAUUUGCCGGCCACUACACUAUGGGUCACUGCUGUCCCCAGAGUCUGUGAGGAAACUUGGAGCUGCAGCUGUGCUUCGUGGCUUGGGACUCAUGACCCCCCUCACCUGUUUAUUGGCAAGACUGAACUACUGCAGCCGAGUGGUGGCCCACUCCUACUGUGAGCACAUGGCUGUGGUGAAGCUGGCUUGCGGGGGCACCCAGCCAAACAACAUCUACGGAAUCACUGCUGCCACAUUGGUGGUGGGCACUGACUCCAUCUGUAUUGCUGUCUCCUAUGGACUUAUCCUCCGGGCUGUGUUAAGCCUCUCCUCCAAAGAGGCAAGGGCUAAGACGUUUGGCACUUGUGGCUCCCACCUGGGUGUCAUCCUUCUCUUCUAUACACCAGGACUCUUCUCAUUCUAUACACAGCGCUUUGGCCAGCAUGUGCCCCACCACGUUCAUAUCCUCCUGGCUGACCUCUACCUGGUUGUCCCACCCAUGCUCAACCCCAUCAUCUAUGGUAUGAAGACCAAGCAGCUCCGGGAUGGUGUCUUCAGAUUGCUAAAGCAGAGUCCUGGUCAGUCAUAA